AUGAGGUCUACGAUCAUCCCUCUUCUAUCAAUUCCUCUUCUUCUACCGCAGCUUUCCGGCGCCGUCUCUUUAUCCUGCGACAACGUACGAGUAGACGGCAAGAAGUUUGACUUCUCCAAGCUUGGGGGUCGGCAUUCAGUGUCUGUCCUCGAUUCCUCGAGACCGCCUGCUGAAUAUAAUACGACGUGGACGAUCGAUCUAUGUCAGCCGCUGAAGAAGAUUGAGGGAGUGCGAGAUGUUGAUCAGUGCCCUAGUGGCACAAGAGUAGUAUGCGGAAUAAUCGAAUCCUGGAACCCGGCAGACGAUCCAGACAAGAAACACGUGCAGGUUGAAAAUGUCAUGCCCAUAGCUGGCAACUUUGACGCAAGCACUGGCCAGAAUCUCAACCCCAAGUACACUCGACUAAAGUCCCAGGACUCUAAUAGCGAGGGUGUUCAAAUUGAACUUCAUGGAGGGAACUAUGGCAAAAAGAGACAGCAGGCUGUGGUCCAACUCGAGUGCGACCGAGACAGAACAGGCAAUGAACGGAUGAAGAAGCGGGAUGAUGGAGACGAUGGUGAGGAGCCUCCGACCGCCAGCCUGACCUACGUCAGCUAUGGUGAUGUGGAGGGUAAAGAGCGCCUGCAGGUGCUGCGCCUGAACUGGAAGACCAAGUAUGCAUGCGAAGACUUCACUGAAGACGACGGGGAAAAGAAAGGCGGCUGGGGCUUCUUCACCUGGUUUAUUCUGAUUGCAUUCCUCGGCAUCGCAGCCUACCUCAUCUUUGGGUCAUGGCUCAACUACAAUCGAUAUGGCGCUCGUGGUUGGGACCUAUUGCCCCACGGAGAUACCAUUCGCGACCUCCCUUAUCUCUUCAAGGAUCUCUCCAGGAAAGUGGUUGAUACUGUAUCCGGAGGUGGUUCGAGAGGUGGUUAUAGCGCUGUAUGA